GCGGGCAACACCACCACUCCCGGUGUGGAAACCUUGCCCAGCUGUGCCAUCCCCUGCGUGCAGAUCGCCGUCAACUCUGCGUCCGAUUGCGAACUCACGGAUGUUCCUUGCCUGUGCAAGAACCGCGCAAAGAUUGCAAAGGCAGCCAAGGAUUGCCUCGUCAGUACCUGUGGCGCCAAAAAGACCUUGAGUACGUAUAUCCCUAUUCGUUCCUUGUCAGAUACGCGG